ACGCAAUUCAGUUUCGAAACAACUGCGAACGCGAGUGGAUUUUUCCCCAGUAAAUAUAUAAGCCGCUGACAUCACUGAGCGUUUUGAGGAAGAACUUAAUCUUUAACGGUUAUAUAAAUAUCGAAAAAAGUCUAAAACGAUGGCUAAUAAGUUACAGAAGUUGUUGUUGUUGUUGAGUGUUUUGUUGUUGCAUCAGUUCACACGCUCGACCGCCUUCCUCAUACCACGCGAUCCCGACUGCACAAAUAGCGAUAACGAGACAAUCGAACCCAGCGAGAAAUGCUCGUCAAUGCUGCACUUUCAACGCAAUCUCGGCAAAUACCGUAACUUCUUCGCCAAUCUGCUGCAGGAAGAGAACGAACAAUUCGCGGCCGAACUACAGGAACUCUACAACUUAGUCAGCUCGGCGCUAGUAGAGCACGACUACAAUGAGAUGCAGCGACAAUUUUUCUACUCCGUUUGGCUGGUUGAGCGCACCAAAGAUCUGGAGGACUAUUUGGAUAUGAAGGGUUUCCGAACAAUUUAGGCAAUAUAGAAGAAUUUAAAAUUGUGUAAAGUAUCGUGUAUGAAUUUGGUUGAUUUUAAUGUAUGCAGUUGUAUUCCGAUUGUGCUUUCUUCAAUUACCUAGACACAUGCCCUGACGGGAUAACAAAAAUGUUCUUCUAAAAGUUUGCUGCGCUCUUCUAUUCACAUUUCUUAUAUUUAUUGUUCGCAUAAUUUAUUAUAAUUAUUUUUUACUUAAAUAGUAUUAUUAUGGGUGUUGCAAAUAUAUGUUUUAACAACAAAUAGUAGGCUUAGUAUAAAUAAAAUCAUUUACUUCCUUGUGGAACCACUCAAGCUGAUACAUCGGAAUAAAAAUAAGAAAAAUUUUAAAUGGUAUUUUUUAAGCAAAUUUUAAAGAACAUUAAACCGAGUAAGUGGUAGCUAGAUAGCGCUAGAAAAAGACGUGGAUGUCAGUGGGGCUCAGCAUAAGACUUUUUUGGUUUUUGACAUUAUUCUUGAGUUUUAGGCAUUUUUUACUUUUUUCAAGCUUUCCGCGAUAGAGAAAAUGCAAUUAAUCUUGCUUUUCUGACGUCAUUUUAGACAAUUUUAUUGUUCCCGUCUUAACACUACGGUGCUCAGAAAUUAAAGUUAAUUUGUUUAUAAAAUUCUUCCAAAUCAAUUUUAUCCCCAUAUAAAAUGUACUCUAAGUAUUGCCGUCUCAUAAAGCACACUCUUGUCAAAUCUUUUUACAGUUCUCAAAACAGUGUGACUAGCCUUUUUCCGGUAGAUCUCAGUACCUUUUUAUCACCAUCAUCGUGUCGAAGCGAUGUCUCCGCUUUAGCCUUUUGAGUUUGCUGAAUAGCCAGAAGUUGUACGGUGUCAAAUUAGACGAAUAUAGGGCUUGGAGAACGAUAUCGAGUAAAGUUUAAAUAAUAUUCCAACACUAACAACGAGGUCUCUAUAUCUCAAUCGACGGUUUUCAAGCAAAUUUUGAUUUCAUCGACGUAGCCCUCGCCGGUAAAGAUUCAUGAUCGGCCAGAGUGCGGCUCGUCUUGAAGGUGUUCUCGGGCACUUUGAGCUUUCUUAUUUAUUUUUGAUUUUCUUUUUAUUAUUAUUUAUCCUUUUUCAUUGAUUUUUGAUGAUGGAGAUCUCGUAAAAUCUUAACUUAGUCAGAAAAUUAUAUAUGUAGAUCAUUUUUGAAGCGCACAUACGAAUCGCACGAAAUUUUGGUUUGGCAAAUUAAAAAGAUUUAUUUUUUCACUGAGCUUUAAAAUUUGUGAGAAAAAACAAUUUGCCUUAAAGUAAUCAAAUUCCAAAAAUCGUUAACAUCUUUUAAGGGUAUGUUUUUUUAUUGCCUUAUUGAAUUGUACUAAACUGCUAGAAUAUUGUCCAAAAUUUUCAUGUUGAUCCGAGUAAUAGUUCCGGAUAUACAGCCUUAAGAACUUGUCCACCCGAGGCUAACUAGGCUAAAUGCACAGGCUUUAAACGCGUUUUCCUUUUUUUCUUUCAAAAAUUUCAGAAUUUAUUUAUUAAUAGUGUAUGUUUGUAAU